CUUGCUCGAGCAUGUGUGCCUGUCAGAGUUAAAACGCUAGCGGGAAAUUUUCAAAUGACUGUCUGCAUCACUGUCCAAUAGGAUAUUGGUCAAACAAGCGGCAAAUAGCCACAACCUCAUUCAUUGUCUGGCCCUACUUGUGGGCUGUUUGCGGCUAACCAUUUCAAAUUACUGCGGGCAAUCUUCCCGCAACAUAUGACGCAAAAUUACAACUGAUUAAUGGAGGCUGAACUGGAAGAGAUCGAGAACCACAUUGUCCGGCACAAGCCAGUCGGGAUCAAUACUCUGUUACGAAAAACACAAUUUUCCAGGAAAGAAUUACAAAUCAUGUAUCAGGGUUUCAAACAGCAAUUUAUCCAAUCCCUUUCCACACUCACACAUGGGAGCCAAACAGACAAACUCGGAUGGGCUUUCCGCCUGUAUGAUGUCAACGGAGAUGGAGUAAUCACACGCGGAGAAAUGCUCAAAGUUGUGAAUGCCAUCUAUGAUCUUCUUGGUCGGAAUACUGAGCCACCAAUCGGUGAGAAUACGACCAGUGAACACGUGGACAGGGUGUUUCGGCGCCUGGAUCUAAACCAAGAUGGCGUGAUCACAUUGGAUGAAUUCUUGGAAGCAUGUAAAGAUGAUCCUACGAUCUGUGAUGCACUUGGGAAACUUACAACGAUCCUGUGAAAACGCAGGCGGGUUUUACGUCAGCUCGAAUUCCCAAAGGGGUAUAUCACCCCAUGGUUGUAAAUGCAUGCUCCUCAUUUACGGAUAAUCUUUGUCAUUUGUUCCUGAAUCAUGAUAAAAAAUAAACAAAGCAC